UGAUAGCAAUCGCAUUGUGGGAUUUCUUGUGCCCAAAGAAGGGAAGGCUGCGUAACUGGGGAUUCUUCACUGACCCGCAUUACUAUUCUUUUUCCUCGGCCAGAUCACGUUCGUCAAUGGAGUCUCUACUUGCCUCUAACUCGGCGUCCGAGAGAACCCAGUCUCCAUAUGUCACAGGCACUUCCGUAGUUUCCAUCAAAUACAAGGAUGGGAUCUUGAUGGCGGCUGACAUGGGAGGUUCUUAUGGGUCCACUCUGCGCUACAAGAGUGUGGAGCGGAUGAAGCCUAUUGGGAAACACUCUCUGCUAGGUGCAAGUGGAGAAAUAAGUGAUUUCCAGGAGAUUUUGCGGUACCUUGACGAGCUCAUCCUGUAUGAUAAUAUGUGGGAUGAUGGGAACUCUUUGGGGCCAAAAGAGGUGCACAACUACUUGACUCGGGUGAUGUAUAACAGGCGUAACAAAUUUAAUCCAUUGUGGAAUUCGCUGGUGCUUGGUGGAGUGAAAAAUGGGCAGAAGUAUCUUGGCAUGGUUUCCAUGAUAGGUGUGCAUUUUGAGGACAAUCAUGUGGCGACUGGGUUUGGAAAUCAUCUUGCACGGCCGAUCCUUCGUGAUGAGUGGCGUGAGGACUUGAGUUUUGAAGAUGGGGUGAAGUUAUUGGAGAAAUGCAUGCGUGUGCUACUGUAUCGUGAUAGAUCUGCUGUCAACAAGCUUCAGAUAGCAAAAAUCACAGAGGAGGGGGUUACAAUUUCACCGCCCUACUCAUUGAAGACAUUCUGGGGAUAUAAAGCAUUUGAGAAUCCAACAGUGGGUGCUGAGGGGUCAUGGUAAUUUGCUGUUGAUGCAGCUUGUUUAGAUUCUUGCAUUACCAGAAUCUGAAUGGUAGACUGGGGUAAAAAAAGACAUGAGGAUUUGAUGCUUGUUUAUGUUUAUUUAAACGCGUACUGUAAGGCUUGUUAGUGAUCGACCACACAAUAUAUCUAAUGUUGCUAGCCAGGGGGUGCUGGUGUUUGGGUUUGAUGAAAUCUUAAUCGUAGAUCUGUUGCUGUCACAGCGGUUCUCUUCA